AUGCGAGUAUCCGCAGCCCUAGUGGGCGUUGGCUCACUUGUUGCGACUGCAGCUGCUGUAGCGAAUGCUUUCGUCCUUAAUAAACAAUUUUAUCCUGCCAUGGUAUACUUAACCAAGAGUAGUGCAAGUAUGGCUGUAAUUUAUGUGCAAUCUGUAAUUAUUAUAUAUUUAUUAUUUCAACUAUUUAAACGUAUUUUCUUCGGGGAUCUUAGAGCAGCAGAAGCCGAGAAUUUAUCAGAAAGAGCUUGGCAUGCUGUUAUGGAAACGUGUCUUGCCUUCACCGUUUUUCGUGACGAUUUUUCUCCCUUCUUCGUCAUGCAAUUCGGAAUUUUACUUUUUGUUAAAAGUUUUCAUUGGCUUGCGGACGAUCGAGUAGAUUUGAUGGAAAGAAGCCCUGUCAUAACACUGAAGUUUCAUGCUCGGAUGUUAGCCAUCAUUGCUUUCCUUGGUGGGAUUGAUUCCUAUUUAGUAUCGCACGCUUACUUCAGUGUGUUAAUGAAAGGAGCUAGCUCACAAAUCAUAUUCGGAUUUGAAUAUGCCAUUUUGAUAACUCUGGUAGUUCAUAUAUCAAUAAAAUAUAUUCUUCAUAUGCAUGACUUGAGAACAGCUCAAUCUUGGGAGAAUAAAGCGGUUUAUCUUCUCUAUUCUGAACUUGUUAUAAAUUUCUUCCGUUGUAUCCUGUAUGGCUUCUUCGCCCUCAUCAUGAUGCAACUUCAUACACUACCGCUGUUCUCUAUUCGACCAUUCUAUAUAUCAGUCAGAGCCUUGACGAAAGCUUUCAACGAUGUAGUUCUUUCUCGAAGAGCUAUCCAUGCUAUGAACAAUCUCUUCCCCAUCGUUACAUCGGAAGAGUUAGCUGCCAUGGACUCCACAUGUAUCAUUUGCCGUGAAGAGAUGACUGCUGAUGCUCAGCCAAAACGGUUACCUUGUUCUCAUGUCUUCCAUACCCAUUGUCUCCGAAGUUGGUUCCAAAGACAACAGACUUGUCCGACAUGCCGUACAGAUAUUCUAGCGGAAAGAAACGCUGCUAAUCCACAAGCUGCCCCUCAAGCAGCUAAUGUUCAGCAAGCACAAGCUCCGCUAGCUCAAAACUUCAUCCCUUUCCUCGCUCACCAACUUGUUAACGGUCAGCAACCUCCUCAACAAGGAGCCGCGCAACCAAACAAUCAGGCCAAUGCAGAUACACCUCUCGCAAAUAACGUAGGUGGACAAGGGGUUCCGCAACAAAUUCCUCCUUUUGCUUUCCCACCAGGAAUUCCCCCACCUUUUCCACCAUUCAUGCCACCAUUUGGAAUGCCCGGUCCAAUGUUUAUGCCGCCUCCCCCACCCGCACCCUUUACAUUCCCUGGAAGACCUUCAUAUGCUGGAUUCUCCGAUGAGGAGUUGGCAGCCAUGGAGGGCGAUGCAAGAGAAGCUGUCGAAAGAAGAUUACAAGCCUUACUCGACAUCUAUACGCUAUUAGAAGCCGCUGGUAUACAAAUGCAACAGUACACCAAUCUGAUUGCACCAACAUUACCAAAUUUCCCUCGCGCAACUGCUGAAUCCACCGCAGGAGCAACUCAAGGAUCAAAUGGUUCAACUGCAUCUCAACAUUCUAGUCAUUCACCCUUGCCAACCGAUAAUUCGACAAGAUCCGAUGGUGGAGCAACACCUCGUUCGCAAGAAGAACAACCUAACGAACCUUCUCCUUCCAUUCCAACUCAACCUCAGGAUAGUGGAGCAAGCUCCUCCGAAAGUGUACCAAACGAUGCGUCUACAAGUAACAACACGGCUGAAGAGAUUAGACAAAGGAGACUUAACAGAUUCUCUCAACUUUGA